AUGCAUAAACAUAAUAUGCAUAGCGUAUCUGCACAUAGACGAAUUAUUUCAUCCUCCAUAAAACCUUCAGUAAGCAGAAUAACAAGUGCACAAUCCAGAUCCAAAUCAAACAAUAUGAUUGUGAAUUAGAGUCCUUUAGGUUUUUUCUUAGAGUAGGCUAUACCAACCAUACCAGAGAAAUCUAAUGUUCCGUUAAAGAUUAUGGAAAAGUAUUUGGAAGAAGGGUACUUAAUCAACAACCACGAAUCAAUUGUGUCCACUUUAAAAAUUGUGUCAGGAGAGGUAAGAAAAUACUUAUAGUAUAAUUUUAUCUACGUUUAAGAUCUUCCUAAAUCAUAUUAAUUUUAGGAGAAAGAUCCUAAAUUAUUGUUUCGCAUGUAUGAGACUCUAAUAAAUUUAGAUCAAACUAUAAUUCAGGAUCUAUUUGAUAAAAAAUAAUAACUGGAUGACUCUGAUCUUAAUAAACAGCAUCCUAAACAUUAUUUUAGAUUUGAUAUUUUAAUUAAGUUCAUUGAAAUAUUGAGUGAACUUGUGGCAUGCAUAAUAAAGAUUAUAGAUGACAAAGCCAUUGCAAUAUUUAUUGAAUAAAUUUGGAAAUCAUUGGUUAUGAUUUUAGAUUUGAAUACUCAAUGGUAAUAAGAUCGUUUUCAAUCUUUGGUCGAUGUUCAAAUAGGAGGCUAUUAGCAAAGUUUAGAAUAAAUAACAAAAGAGUAUAAAUAAUUGGAAGAAAAGUAGCAAAUGCAAUUACGAGCAUAUUAAUUAAAACUUGCAAUUGAAUAAAAGAAGAAUAUCUCAUUAAGAGAAGAGAAUAAGAAAAUUUGUCAAUAAUACAACCAUUUAGAAGAUCAGAUAAGUGAACUGAGCAAUAUAGAACAUGCCAAAGGAGAUCUUUAGAACAUCAAUCAAAAAUUACAUGAGAUGGACUUAAAUUUCAUUAAAUACAAUAAAUAUAUCUACGAAUCUCAUUAAUAAGCAUCCACUUCUAUGAAGCAAUUAGCUAAAAUACUGACAGCUAAACCCAUUAUACCGAAAACUUUCAUACAAUAAAAACAUGAAUAACUUAACAUCUAUUAUAAAGAUCAGAAACCUUGUGUUGAAUUGAUGAUCAAUCCAUUAAUAUCCUAAAUUGAAAUAGAGUUUUAUCAUGUGGAUCAAUUAAACAAGAAAUAAUUAGCCAGUGAUUUUCUUCAGUUUCUAUUCCAAAAUCUCAAUGCUUAUCCUUCCUAAUCAAGCGUUGAACUCUAUUUAUUAUGGAUUCAUGCUGAUGAAUAACAAUUUGUCAAUUGUCGUAUAGAUCUGUUAAAUAAAUUGAAUCAAAAUAAUAACAAUGACUAUUAUAUCAAUGUAUGUUAAUAAAUCCUGGGAAUCAACACAUAAUCUCCUUCAUCUCACAAAGUCAUAGAAGACACUUAAAAAUACAUUAAAAUUAUAGAGCUAGCAUUCUUGUAGUAAGCAACACAAAACUAAAAUUAACAAAGAUCUAAUUUAUAUCUUAAAUAAUCAAGUGUAAUCGAUUUUGAAUUGGAAAUUAAUUUAGCAAAGUAUUGUACUUAUGGUCUAUUACUGUAGUUAUUCAAUCAUAUUGCCUCAAUAAUUAUAUGA